UCGACAGAUGGCAUCUCUUCGACAAAUGAACCAAACACACGGUUGCACACCGUUUGUUUACGUUUUUCACUUUUUCUAAUCGUAAAUUUCAAUAAGUACCGUUUAACUUCGUUUUGCUGGCGUACCACAUGAUUUGUAUUCUAUAAUGUGGUCAGAGAAAAGUCACAUGGGUUUUCUUAAAAAUUAAUAUGCUUUUGUAAUAAGUCUGCAACAUUUCCCACGUGACUGCAAGUUCACGAAGCCAUGCGGUACUCGUACCGUCGUACGUACUCGUAUGAUCAGUAUGAUGAUUGUUAUCCUUGCAUCCCUGCAUUACGAAACACUGCUCUGUAUUCGAGACUUCAAAACGUUGGAUCCAUACAGAGACACACGACCGCCACGAUGACUAUUCUUCCAAAGAAAAAGAUCCCGAAAGAGAGAAACGAGGAUCGCGCCAGCACAUCCCGGGGUCAUCAUGCGUCCGCGGGUAAUUUGAAUCAACAGACCAUUCAAGGAUCUCUUCCCUAUAGUCUCCUUCAAGACGCCGUUACAAGUGCCCAGAAUCCUGGAACACUGAAUACCGUGCUAAACUCUUUCUCUUCGUCACCCCUUCCAGGUCCGUCGCGCUCAUCCAGCAUUCACAGACUGGGAGAUCAAGUUCCGAUUUCCACAGCGCCUCCCGCGCACUACAUUAGCAAAGCGAACCGCAAUAAGAAGCAGAAAGUUUAUUCGGACGACGAGGAGAACGACACAGAAAGUGAUGGUAGUCAAGGAAAUAUACAGCAUUGUUCGUCCUCGCUUCUCUCCAUUUCUCCCGAUAAACUGCCGGACAAUGAUGGCCACAACAGCGAUGAUGAGCGCUGCGGUUAUGAGGGUUUAAGUGCGGAAGAAUGGGCACAGAAAGAGGCUGCCUUUGCGAGAUUGUUAAAAGAAAAACGAGGGUUCGUUAUCAAACUCAUGAAAGAGGAUGGCGCGUGCUUAUUUCGAGCCGUCGCUGACCAGGUGUAUGGAGAUCAGGAGAUGCACGAUAUGGUACGGCGGCAGUGCAUGGAUUACAUGGAACGAAACGAGGAUUAUUUCUCGCAGUAUAUUACGGAAGAUUUCCAACAGUAUGUUGAAAGGAAGCGAAACUUAAGUGCCCAUGGAAAUCACGUGGAGAUACAGGCUAUGUCCGAAGUGUAUAAUCGAAGAAUUGAAGUGUAUCAGUAUGAUAUCGAUCCUAUAAACGUUUUCCAAGGGACUCAUCCGCAGGAAAACGCUCCGAUUCGCGUCAGUUAUCAUAUGAAGAGUCACUACAAUAGUGUGAUUGAUCCUUUCGCCGCCACCGUCGGCGUUGGACUGGGGCUUCCUAAUUUGCAGCCGGGGUUGGCUGAGCAAGGACUGGUGGCGCAAGCUGUCGGUCAAUCUGAACAGGAUGUCAUCGAAAAGCAAAUGCUUCAAGAUAAACUCCUUGCUUCCGACUGGGAAGCAACUGACGAAGCCAUUGAGCAGCAAAUCGCUCAAGAAUCCUACCUGGACUGGCUAAAACAUCACGAAAAAAAGAGUUGUGAUAAUGGAAGUGAUACCAGUGGUCCAAGUACGUCUUCCUUAUCGGAAAGUGAUUCUAGUCGUGGGGAAAAAUCAAUUCCGAAUCGAGAAGGAUCUCCAAAACUAAUUGACUCGCCUAGCAAAACUCACAUCUUGGAUCGACUGAACGAUCUUCCUCCAUCUUUAUUUGGUUUGAAUGACUGGGACGAAGAGGAUGGUGAUAUGCUUGCGCAGGUUUUGGCAGCGUCGCAGGCUGAGUAUCUGGAAUCGCUAAAGCAUCGCGAUGGGAAUUGCAAGAAUCCGUAAGCACUGCAGUGUCGACCAUCCGAAAGCGGCAUUUUCCGUCGAUUGGACAAGUUGCUAGCGCAAGUGAACCAAGUUUUAAGGAAAUUUUGCCAAAGAACACUACUAAAGCGGAGCAGUAAACGCAGAUCUUUUCGCUGUUUCUUAUUACGGCUAUGGAAAAGUUGGAAAUUAGUGAAAGACGUGUAUAAUGGGUUUUGGGCUGUGGGGGAUUUUUGUUUUGUAUAAUACUAUAACAGCGCAUUUGAUGUGCAGAGAUUGUAGUGUUUUAAUGUGGCACGGUGCUCAUUUCAUCCUUUUCGGUGAAUUUAUGAAGUUAUUAGACGUGUUAGAACUUAAGAAUUAUUCUGGAUUUCCUUUCGCAAGGAAGUUUUAAUCGUCAAAUGUUUAUGUUUUGUUUAAUAACAGAAACCUUUCUUGUGAUUAAAACGUGCAAUUAACUUUCUUUUUGUGCUUACUCAUUCUAAAGUGUUUUGUAAAAU